AUGUUAGUGAGCUCAGGUGCUCAAGACUCGGGUGGACUGUUGCAGUAUGACCAAUACACAAUCAUGGGACCUACUCACACAGCACCAGCGGGUAUGGAUGUAGGAUCAGACCCCAUUCUUCAGGCACACACACGCCCACAGCAGAGUCAGGUGCAUGUGCAGCCACAACUGCAGCCUUCAGGCCAACUCGGGCCCUCCACGAUAUACGAUCACAACUUAGUUCCUAUAAAUAGUAGUACGUUACCACAAAAUAAUAUAGUGGCCCAGGGUGGGCUGCAUCCCGGGAUUCCGCAAUUACCCCUGGAGGUGGGAGACCACCCAACAACCAAUUAUACACAGCACCCACACACAGCGAGUGGCAAUGACCUCGACUCGGCGAAGCAGUCGCACGCGCUUGUACUGUCGUCAACUGAUGUGCACUCUAAGGCCUACGCCCAGGCGAGUGCGCAGCAGCGACAGGUGGACAGCGUGCUGGCACCUCAGAGCCAAUCACCAGGACAGAUACCUACCUACAUGCAAACAUCACUGCACACACAGCCGCACACACACCCCGGCGGACUGCAGCAACUGGGACAAUCGGUGGAAGCUAUGCAGGGCAGUGGUGAAUACACACAUCCACACCCACACCACUCGUUACUGGGCAUGACACAACAGCAGUACGUGGUGGAAGGACCGUCGUCAGUGUUCUCCCAAUUGCAGCCCCAGACACAGACACAGGCGCAAGCUCAAGCUCGUUUGACUCCGCCUAUUCAACAACAACUAAGUAUGGGUGCUCAAGCUCAUGCGCAGCAUGUUAAUCGAGUCUCACCGCAGGAGCACCCGUCGCUGACACAGGUUAGUCCGGCAGGCACACACAGUCCAACUAGGUUUACGCAGACAGGGCCACUUGUCCCGUCGAGGAACACAUCACCACACGCGCUGGAUGAUUCAUCACACACCUUCGACGAGUCAAGUGGAGGCCAUGCACAGACGAAGGAGGUAGACAGUCAACAGGCCGUAUUAGAGCAACACCAGCAACAACAACAACAACAACAACAGCAACAACAACGGCAACAGCAACAACAACGACAACAACAGCAGCAACAACAACAGCAGCAACAACAACAGCAGCAACAACAACAGCAGCAACAAAUACAACAACAACAACAACAAAUACAACAGCAGCAACAACAACAGCAACAACAACAACAGCAGCAGCAGCAAGCAGCCCAGCAGCGGCAGGCACAGUUGGCUCAGGCGCAAGCUCAUUCACAAGCUCAGUCUCGGGUACAGGCAUUGACCCAGGCACAGACACAUGCACAACUGCAAGAUAGGGCCUCAGAGCAUCACCCACAGCAACAGGAACAGCAACUACAACAGCUGCAACAGCCGCAAGAGCAAGUGCAGGAUCAGGACCAGGACCAGGAGCUAGAGUUCCAAUCGGCGUCACAGUUUGAUUAUCUCCCACCACAGGCGUAUGCGCAUAUGUACCCACAGCAGUUGCUGCAGUCUCACGAGGCUCCUACACAGUACUAUGGCGAAGACACUUCACAACCGGGUGUGGAAUCGCGGAUGGAGCAGGCCAAUGACAGGCAGUCGAUAUCACCUCAUCGGGAGCCAGAGGAAAGUCAACAAUUAGAACAUCAACAAUUAUCACAGAUGGAGUCCAACCUCGAUCAUCUACAACUGCGACCGCAGCCGGAAAACGACACUCGACAGCAGCCGCAAGUGACACAGCAGAUCACUGAUACACAACAGCACACAGAAGCAACGCAGCAGGCAGACGUACAGCAGCAGGCAGACGCACAGCAGCAGCAGCGGCAACAGCAACAGCGGCAACAAGAACAGCAUGAGCUGCAUAUGCAGUUACAACAACAACACCGAGAGGGCCAGGAACGAUUCAGACAGCAGCAGGCAUUGCAGGAGCACCAGCAACAGCAGUACCAGCACCAGCAGCUACAACAACAACAGCAUCAGCAACAACAGCACCAGCACCAGCACCAGCAACAACAGCAUCAUCAGCACCAGCAUGAGUUAGUGCAGCUACACAAUGACCACGAGGCUUUUCAAGACGAGGGAGAGCCUGGAUUAGAUGAUUUGCCGCACUUUGAAAACCAUGAUCACAGCCUGCAACACGAGCAUGAGCAUGAGCAUAGCCUGAUCCACGAUUCGGAUCUACACACUUCCGAACACAACAUGCAGUCACACGACGAGGAUGUUAUGUUCGAUGAUCUAGACCAGCAGGAGCACGCACACCAACACCAGCAAGCACAGCACGAAUUAGAAAACCUGCCCCUAGAACACCUGCACGAACGCUCGCGGACAGACACGCAUGAGAAUAUAAUGCGAGGCCUGAGCGACUCGGAAGACGCGACCUUGGACAUCCCGGAGGUGAUGGGUGACGAUGUGGAUGAUGCCAACAGUGUACUACGCGGCGAUGAACUGACGGGGCACGACCACUCACAUAGCCACGGGAUGAGUCAUGCACCCCCACAUGGCCCGCAGGAGCACACGCUGCUUUCGUCUCUCACAGUGACGGCUAAUCGGUAG